CAUCAUCUCACAAAUCUAUAGCAGUGAUUUGUUCUGGUCACUUCAACCUCAGCCUCACCUGAAAGAUAAGAAGAACGAGAAUCAAUAUUGAGAAUGGGUAAGGGGAAGAAGGAGAGAGAGGAAUGCAUGUUGAAGAAUGGAGGCCUAUUAUUAGAGAAGCGAAUUUCCUAUUUUGGUGGGAGGUAUUCCAAUCCAAUUCGUAACUUCUCUAUCCAAGAAAUUCAAAGAGCAACAGACAAUUUCAAUGGAAAUUUAAUCUUCAAUCAUGAUGUGAGCAGUUUUCACAAAUGGUACAAAGGUUCUUUGGAAGGUCGAGUCAUUCGUAUUAGGAAAAUUUGUCACACGAGUUUUCGAGGCAAUCUUCAAAUUGUCACAAAUGAAAUUGCUGUUGCAACACAAAUGAGCAGCCACAAGAACGCCUUGAAGCUACUAGGAUGUUGCUUAGAGACACGAAUACCUAUUCUGGUUUAUGAAUUCUCAUCUUGUGAACCCCUUGGAAAGAAAAUAUUUGAUUGCAAUGAGCCUUUCCCAUGGAAGAGUAGGCUAAAGAUUGCAUACGAGAUUGCUAGUGUAAUUGCAUAUCUUCAUACUGCUUUUCCUAGGCCCAUCAUUCAUAGGGAUAUAAAACCUUCACAUUUCUUUUUGGACAAUGGUUCUACUCCCAAACUAUCCUAUUUCGGACUUUCUAUUGCCCUUCCACAAGGUGAAACGCAUGUGGAAGGUGUAUGUGGGACCAAGGAUGAAAAUAUCGGGUUUCACUUCAUCAACGUCUUUGAAGAAGAGAGCUCCGAACUUAGUAUCCAUGGUGACUACCAAAGUCCAAAGGAUCAUGACGCAACACCAGUUUUCAAGAUCAAAGAGCAGCUCGACAGGAAGAGAUCAGAGUGGUUAGCGUAUCUUGUUACAAAUAUGAUAUCGAGCUUUGGGAUUAUUUCCAUGGCUGUUAUGGUAGUUUACUACUGGCUUUCAUGGCAAAUAGACAGCGAGGAGUUUCCCGUGUUCGAAAUGUUCAGGACAUUUGCACUGUUGUUUGGAGCUGUGUUUACAUUCUCAUUGAACCCACCCCUGGACGCCAUUGUCGUGACCUCCAGCAAUGGGACGUUUGCCUCUUACUCAGUCUCCUCCUGCAUUUCUUAA